AUAAGUAACUGAUGAGUGGGGGCACUGGGGCAUAAUGGUUGGGCAAAAUGCGAACCGAGAUACUAAGCGCUGGUUUCUCUAGCCAGCCCACGCCUCCUGCCUCAGCUCAACGCCACUCCCUCCCCGCCAAGUGGCUCUCCGUUCAGGAGGCGGGACCGAGUUCUCCGGGGGCCCCUGGAGGCUCGGGGCUGCAAGCUUUGGGAGGCUGGAAGGGGAGAGAGGGAGGGGCGCUGACUGGGCAGUCCAAAGAGGAGGGGGCCUUUAAUAGGCUCGCGCAGCGCCUGGUUAGCAGCGCCGCGAGUGGCAGCCGUUCGAAGAAGCGGCCCGGCACCUCCCUCUAGCUCUCGGCUGCAAAUCUCCGUCCUUGCACUUGACAGCGAUUGUACUUAAGCUCCCAGGGCGCGCUUUGCUUGGAAAGGCACAGGUAGGAGGCGCGGGCUGCUCGGUGCACGCUCACUGCUCUGGGAGGAGUCUCCCUCCCUUUGCUCUGCUUUCUGGGAGCUACGGACUGCCCCGGAGCGUUGGUGGUUCCCGUGUGCCGGCUGCAAGGAGACGCGCCAGCGGCCGGGAAGCCGGGCCGAGCCCUUCCGAGAGCGCGGCCGUGCGCUGCCCGGCGCCAUGCUUCUGCUGGGUAUCUUAACCCUGGCUCUCGCCGGGGGACCGGCUGGGGGGUCAGAGCCAGAUCAGGAGGUGGUGGUCCCCAUCCGACUGGACCCGGACAUCAACGGCCGCCACUACUACUGGAGGGGUCCCGAAGACUCCGGGGAUCAGGGACUCAUUUUUCAGAUCACAGCCUUUCAGGAGGACUUUUACCUACACCUGACUCUGGAUGCUCAGUUCCUAGCGCCCGCCUUCGCCACUGAACAUCUGGGCGUCCGCCUCCCGGAACUCACCGGGAGCUCUCCAGACUUGCGACGUUGCUUCUACUCUGGGGACGUGAACGCCGAGCCAGACUCUUUCGCCGCUAUGAGCCUGUGCGGAGGUCUACGCGGAGCUUUUGGUUACAGAGGCGCGGAGUAUGUCAUUAGUCCGCUCCCCAACGCCAGCGCGCAGGCGGCACAGCGCAACAGCCAGGGCGCACACCUCCUCCAGCGCCGCGGCGCCCCCGGCGGGCCUCCCGGAGAUCCCACCUCUCGCUGCGGGGUGGCCUCAGGCUGGAACCCCGCCAUUGUGCGGGCGCUGGACCCUUACAAGCCGCGGGGGACCGGCUUGGGAGAGAGUCGCAGUCGGCGGAGGUCCGGGCGCUCCAAGCGCUUCGUGUCUAUCCCGCGGUACGUGGAGACACUGGUGGUGGCGGACGAGUCAAUGGUCAAGUUCCACGGCGCGGACCUGGAGCAUUAUCUGCUGACGCUGCUGGCCACGGCGGCACGACUCUACCGCCAUCCUAGCAUCCUCAACCCCAUCAACAUCGUCGUGGUCAAGGUGCUGCUUCUCGGAGACCGCGACACAGGGCCCAAGGUCACGGGCAACGCGGCCUUGACGCUGCGCAACUUCUGCGCCUGGCAGAAGAAGCUGAAUAAAGUGAGUGACAAACACCCAGAGUACUGGGACACGGCCAUCCUCUUCACCAGGCAGGUCCCUUCUGUACCUGUCACUAAUUUCUGGCUGGCUUCUGCUUCCCCACCCCCCCCCCGGCAGGACCUGUGUGGGGCUACCACCUGUGACACGCUGGGCAUGGCUGAUGUGGGCACUAUGUGCGACCCCAAGAGAAGUUGUUCUGUGAUCGAGGAUGAUGGGCUUCCAUCAGCCUUCACCACUGCCCAUGAGCUGGGCCACGUGUUCAACAUGCCCCAUGACAAUGUGAAAGUGUGUGAGGAGGUGUUUGGGAAACUCCGAGCCAACCACAUGAUGUCUCCAACACUCAUCCAGAUUGACCGUGCCAACCCCUGGUCAGCCUGCAGCGCUGCCAUCAUCACCGACUUCCUGGAUAGUGGGCAUGGCGACUGUCUCCUGGACCCGCCCAGCAAGCCCAUCUCCCUGCCUGAGGACCUGCCAGGGGCCAGCUACACCCUGAGCCAGCAGUGUGAGCUGGCCUUUGGCGUGGGCUCGAAGCCCUGUCCCUACAUGCAGUACUGCACCAAGCUGUGGUGCACUGGCAAGGCAAAGGGGCAGAUGGUGUGCCAGACCCGCCACUUCCCCUGGGCAGACGGCACCAGCUGCGGCGAAGGCAAGUUCUGCCUCAAGGGGACCUGUGUGCAGAGACAUAACCUCAAUGAGUACAGGGUGGACGGCUCCUGGGCCAAAUGGGAGCCCUACGGCGCCUGCUCGCGCACCUGCGGUGGGGGCGUACAGCUGUCCCGGAGGCAGUGCCGCAAUCCCACCCCUGCCAACGGGGGCAAGUACUGCGAGGGAGUGAGAGUGAAAUACCGAUCCUGCAACCUGGAGCCCUGCCCCAGCUCAGCUUCAGGCAAGAGCUUCCGGGAGGAGCAGUGUGAGGCUUUCAAUGGCUAUAACCAUAGCACCAACCGGCUCACCCUUGCCGUGGCGUGGGUGCCCAAGUACUCCGGCGUUUCUCCCCGGGACAAGUGCAAGCUCAUCUGCCGAGCCAAUGGCACCGGCUACUUCUACGUGUUGGCACCCAAGGUGGUGGAUGGCACACCCUGCACUCCUGACUCCACCUCGGUCUGUGUCCAAGGCAAGUGCAUCAAGGCUGGCUGUGACGGGAACCUCGGUUCCAAGAAGAAAUUCGACAAGUGUGGCGUGUGUGGGGGUGACAAUAAGAGCUGUAAGAAGGUGACAGGCCUCUUCACCAAGCCCAUGCACGGCUACAAUUUUGUGGUGGCCAUCCCCGUGGGCGCCUCGAGCAUUGACAUCCGCCAGCGUGGCUACAAGGGGCUGAUUGGAGAUGACAACUACCUGGCCCUGAAGAACAGCCAAGGCAAGUACCUGCUCAACGGGCACUUCGUGGUGUCGGCCGUGGAGCGGGACCUGGUGGUGAAGGGCAGCCUCCUGCGCUACAGCGGCACGGGGACGGCGGUGGAGAGCCUGCAGGCUUCCCGGCCCAUCUUGGAGCCGCUGACCGUGGAGGUCCUCUCCGUGGGCAAGAUGACGCCACCCCGGGUCCGCUACUCCUUCUAUCUGCCCAAAGAGCCUUGGGAAGACAAGGCCUCCCACGCCAAGGAACCCCGGGGCUCCUCUGUGCACCACAACAGCGUCCUCAGCCUCUCCAAUCAAGUGGAGCAGCAGGACGACAGGCCCCCUGCACGCUGGGUGGCAGGCAGCUGGGGACCUUGCUCUGUGAGCUGUGGCAGUGGCCUGCAGAAGCGGGCGGUCGACUGUCGCGGGCCCCCCGGGCCACGCGCGGCAUCCGCCUGCAGUGCAGCCCAUCGGCCGGUGGAGACAAGAGCCUGUGGGGAGCCCUGCCCGACCUGGGAGCUCGGCGCCUGGUCGCCUUGCUCCAAGAGCUGCGGCCGGGGGUUUAAGAGGCGUCCACUCAAGUGUUUGGGCCCCGGAGGGCGGCUGCUGGCCCGGGACCAAUGCAACCUGCGCCGGAAGCCCCAGGAGCUGGACUUCUGCAUCUUGAGGCCGUGCUGAAUAGGACCGUCUUUUUCUCCUCCUCACUCUCCACCCCAUUGGUGCUGCCAGGGUUCUGGCCAGCUGGAGCCGUGGGUAGAGGGCAGUGGCCGGGGGUCCAGGCCAUGACGUCACCCACUUCGAGGGACGAGGACCACAGGAAGGGGUGAGAGGUGCCCUCCUCCGCCCUGGCCUGGGCGGGGGAAGCCAAGUGACUAACUCACAGUCUACCUCACUCCCGGCUCCUCCAGGGCCCAGUCUCUGGGAGAGGCUGAGAGGUGCGGGCACUGGGCAGAGGCGCUGGGGCCCAGUUUCCGAGGGACCUGGAGGAUGGGCACCUCCCAGGCAGAACUUCAGGGACCUUGGCCCCCGUAAGGGAGGCCACAGGCUGCUGGAAGAGCCAUGGCCCAGCAGCUUGGCACCCUCAGGUGGCCCCGGGGGCUCUAAGCCGUUGCUGAACAAGGCAGGUUUUUAUGGUGCUGUCAGCCCACCUUUUCUUUCUGACUGACAAGGACUGAAUAAUAAAAAAAAAAGGCUGGUGUGGGCAGAAACCUGGUAGGAGAGUGGGAUUAGGUAUAACUGGAGCCUGGGCUACCCCAUUUGGAAAGAGGUUUAUGUGUAGGGGGAGUCGGGAGCUUGCUCAUCUUCCUUCUACUCCUGGCCCUCCCUCAAGAGCCCCCUCUUCUUCCUGUGUUGUCCAGGACAUCAGGCUGGGGGGGAGGGCUUCCCAAGUACGUGCCCUCUGAGGCUUUGCAAAUAGGUACAGGAAGUCGAUAGGGAGUUUAUUGCCUUCUUCAGGAGGGAUUGGACUGUUAAAAAAAGAUAUAAGGGAUGAUGGAUUCUGUGGUGAAGCAGGGAGUUUGAGGAGUGGCCUAGAGGCUGUCACCGGGGCUGGGCUUGAGCUUUGGGGGAAUAUCACCCUGGGUUGGGGAGGAGGCCCCAGUUCCAAUGGCUUCUUCCUCCAGAGAGGCAGGUAUAAAUAGGACUGCUGCCUUAGGCUCUGUGUUGCCCCAGAGAACCUUCAGAGUGGCCACGGUCCUGUCCCCACUAAGAGGGAUGUGGGAGAUGCCCAGGAGGGCUAGGUGCUGAACAUCCACAUGCCUGUAGGUGGGUCUUCAUCUGGACAGCUACAUGUGGUCUGGCUUUGGGCACAUCACAUGGCGUUGCAGUUGGAUAACCGGGUUCACUGUUUGCUACCUCAGGCUAUGCUCUCUGGGUAUCCACACCUGUCCCUCCCCUGGGCCAGUGGUGACCCUGGUGCUUCCAGCAGACCUGGCUGUUGUCCUCUGCAGACUGAGCUGUCCAGACACAAAGAUGAGUGUGUGGCACAUGGCUUCGAGCUCCCUAUGGCCUGGCCACCCACUGGGGCUCCAACUAUGAAGGCAGGACCUCUCUCUUCAGGUGCCUUGGGGACAGGUUUCAGGAGACACAAGAAUCAAUGGCCUGACCCAGAGGCACUUGGCAGCCACCAGUCGGAACAUGUGUCUAUCCUAGAGACGUGCUGGGGAUGUAGAAACCAGGGUGUUUCCUAUAGCUCCAAGUGGGCAGAUGGUUUGGGGUUAGAGAGCCUUUGGUCAAGCAGGGUAUUUCUUGAGGGUGCAGCCACUCCAGCAUGAACAUGGGAGAUUCUGCUUCUGAGUUAGGUAACAUGUCCUGGAUUUUAGUGAGGUGACAUCGGAGCAGUGUCAUCCCUGAGAAAGGGGGUUCGGUCCUUUUAUUUGGCUUCCCCUAAUAGCCAGAAUCCACAAACCAGCCACCCAGGCAAGCCUCUGGGAUGGUGCUCGAAAAUCCCAGCCUAACCCUGGGCUGAGCCCUUGACCAGAGCUCCCACAGCAGGGCAGAGGGCGUGCGGAUCUCUGAGGCAGGGCAGGAGAAUGAAGUGAGGAGGAAUCUUCCUCCUUGUAUGGGUGAACACCGUGGGGCUGCAAUAUCCAAAGGGACCCAGGGCGCCAGGGCAGAUGUGGACCCCCGCUAGCCUAGCCGACGAUAGCACUGCACCCCGUGCUUGGUGCACCCAUCAUCGACGAGGAGAGGGUGGCGCAGGGGCUGUGCAGAACGGGCAGGGGAAUGGGGAGGGUGGGAAGCAAGCUGCCAUCAGUGGGGGUGACUGGUCCCCUAGCAGAGCAGCUUUAUAAAUCAUUUCCAGACGGGACAGCCUAUCUUGUUCCUGACACAAGCUGGGCCUCAAAUGCUCUUUUCUGUCAUGAUGUUUUUCUUUUUCCUUUUUUUCCUUUUUAAAAGAAGUAUGACCAAGACAACUUGGGAGGUUUGUCUUAUCUUUGACCAUUUUGCUAAUCUAACCAUGUUCUCCAAGCCUGAGCAGAGACGAGCCUCGAGGUACAGGUUUCUGGUGAUGGAAUAAAAAGUUCUCAUGUCCGUAGAAGACGAGGAAGAUUCUGGGGGCUCCAGAAGCUUCUUCCAUGGGGUGUGGACCAGUAAGGAUCUGGGCUCAGGAGCCCCCUGUCUCCUCUGCCCUUUGUGUGCACUGAUUGGAGGAGUCCAACCUCGUGAGCCUCACCGUGCUGGAGUAGGGGGCUGGGGCGAGCUGAGGGGCUUGGUUGUUCCCAGCCUGGGAGUUGGCUCCCUAAGACACUAGACACUGUCACUUACAGAGCCCCCUUUUGUGUUUGGUUCUUUUGCAUUCCACGUGCUGCAGAAGGACGGAAGGACUGGGUACUGGCUGGGCUGUGUAUACCGUGUAUACAUGGGAGCUGGCUGCUGCAGGGACAACAGCCUGCUCCUAAUAAAGUUGUAAGUAUUUAACAUCCGUGUCCUGCUUCUGUGACGUCAUCUCAUUCCCACCUC